GGGAGGCCAGCAUACCAGCAAUAUCUCAUAAGUCUGAGCGGAAAUAGGGUUUUUGUUCAGCUGGGAGGAGAAAAGGCUCAUUGUGCAGCCGGCAAAUUUGCAGAGGGUGAGACAUCUGCUUUCGGUAGAUGUGGCAGAGACAAAGUGAGCAGGGAACAGAUGAUUAAUGAUAACUGAAGGAGAGGAGAGAGGUUUUAGGAUGCGCUCUCUGAGGAAGAUGGUGCUGCUCGCCAUCCUGGUGUCUGCGGUGCUGGUACUGGCCCUCCUCCAUUCGUGGCCCACUCGAGGCUACACCAUGGUGGAUGUAUGGCAGCGACCGGGGCCUAUCGUAGAAAGGCAUCUGGAAGAGAGGCUCCCAGAACCAGACCACCAAUUAGGCAACAUCCCCUUUCGCUUGAGGGAUAGUGUGGCAAACUUGUUGGCACGUAACGGAUGCUUAUGUGAGGGUGAGAGCGGAAGAGUGAACCUGCCCUUCGCCCAACUCUUAUUCCCGCGGGUGUCAGCUCACCCGCUGCACACUGCCUUUGAGGCCUCUGAACUGGAGGAGAUGAAGAGGAGAAGGGCCAAGGAGUACAAGAGUUUCCAGAAGAGGUCGCAGACACCUGCAGAUGUGCUCAUUAUUGCAGAGGCUAACAGUCCCUUACAGUAUCCAACACAGGGGGUGGAGGUACGACCCCUGAAAACAAUCAUCAUCCCAGGCCUGGCCUUACACGACCUUCCCAGAGACCAUUACUCAAUAAACAUCACUGCCACGCUGGGAGCGCUGAACGUGGCGGCAGAGGUAGACGGAGUGAAAAUCAAAGGUGACGGCGAGAUGCACAUGUCACUGUCUAGCAGCCUCCUGCCGAACCUGAACCGACAGCUGCAGUUUGUCACCUACACAAACACGCUGUUCCACCCCAGCACAGCGGACACAGUGCAGUUUGAGACAGAGGGGCAUCAAGCCACCUUCAGUAUCAAGAUCCGUCACGGUGUAACACCAAAACUGUACAACACAGGAUCUAAAGGAGACUACAAUGUCAGCGCUCUCGUUACCAUAGCUACCAAGACUUUCCUGCGUUAUGAGAAGCUUCAAGAUCUUAUUGACAGUGUGAGAAAAUACUAUCCCACUGUCACCAUAGUAAUCGCUGAUGACAGUGAAAAUCCCAAAACCAUCUCCGGGCCUUACAUCGAACAUUACAUCAUGCCUUUUGGAAAGGGCUGGUUUGCCGGACGAAACCUGGCCGUUUCCCAGGUGACCACAAAGUACGUGCUGUGGGUGGAUGAUGACUUCAUCUUCACAGCCAACACCAAGCUGGAGAAGCUUGUGGAUGUUUUAGAGAGGACCACUCUGGAUCUGGUGGGUGGUGCAGUGCGGGAGGCCACAGGUUAUACUGCCACCUACAGACAGACUAUAUCCAUUGAGCCCGGGGAGGAGGAUGGUGACUGUUUACACAUGAGGAGAGGAUUUCAUCAUGUCAUCCAAGGAUUCCCCAACUGUGUUGUGACUGACGGGGUCAUUAACUUCUUCCUGGCUCGGACGGACAAAGUCCAGCAGGUCGGCUUUGACCCACGCCUCACCAGAGUCGCUCACCUGGAGUUCUUCAUUGACGGCCUGGGAUCUCUCCACGUGGGCUCUUGCGACGAUGUCAUUGUCAAUCAUGCGACCAAAAUCAAACUCCCCUGGGUCAGCCAAUCAGAGAGCGACAAGAUUUACGCCAAGUUUCGUUACCCGCCGGCCUCCUCCGAUGCCACACACACGAAAAAUGGCCUCCUGUUCUUCAAGAACCGAUUUCAGUGUUUGACUCGUAAUUAACCCCCCAACCACCACCACCUCUUUAUCCUGAAGGUUCCUCUGCUCUUCUUGAGUUGCCAAAGAAGUUCUCCUCCACUACAUCUCGUCAGAUAAGAUUUCAGACAAACACUUUUGUUUGCCUUUCCCUUGAACACCUUGACAGCGGUUUUCAGGCUUCACUGUAGUAAAAAAAAAAAAAAGAGUAAUUGUGCCAUUAGGGCAGUUUUAGCAUGUUUCUUCUGUCAGUGCACAGCUCCACACUGAGCUAAAAAGUCAAUAUCCAGGAGCCUGAUAUGAAGGUUCAGGUUCUCUUCUGGAGCGGAACCAGUGCAGCAGUGGAAAAAUAUAGAAAAUAAGCUGUAGUAAUAAAACAUGUCGUCUUGUUUACAGAGACCCAGUUAACUGCAAAUCACAGCAUCAUCAUGAUUGAUUCAAGGUUAUGAAGGGGUUACGCUUUUGUGUUUGUCAAAUCUUAUCUCGCUUUACAUCCUCGAGAGACCAGGCUUUGGGAGAAGUUAAAAACCAACAGGUAGCAACUAGAUUCAUCGUCAUUCUAUUUUAAUGUGAGUAGAGGUGUGUGUGUGUGUCCUCCUUCAAUUUGCACUAUCCGAAAAGACUGAGCCUAGAAAAGCAAUAGAGAGCGUGAUGAGGACUUACCACGAGCGAGAAAGGGACAAAGGGACACUUCUCAGAGAGUGACAAUCCUGUAGACACAGAGCAUAGGUGUCCCUCUUACCAAUGCCACAUGAAGAACACAUCCAAAACUUUUCACCUGUGGUACCUAUGCUGCGUGACUGGUCAAGCCAAGGGUUGUCUGCUGGCUUUGGAGUGUUUUUAUCAUUUUGUGUUAUGGUUUUGCUUACCCCCGUCACACAGAAUUCUUUGUGUCAUUUGUAAGUCAGGAGGAGGAACUUUUGGUCCAAACCACCUGGAGUCAGAACUGGUUUUACCUGAUCUGGGAGCAGCCUUGUUUUGUUUCUUUUUGUCUUCUGCUGCCUGUCACUCUGGUUUCUUCAACAAGCAUCAAAAGAGGAGGAGAGCACGCUGGUGUAUGAGAAUGAAAGUGAUUGCAUCUUUAAAUGCUGCCUAAAAAUUAAUUGGAUUAACCAAAGUGCAUGUUUAUUUUUCCUCAUUGUAAAUGAAGAAAAGAGAGGGAAAAAAAACAAGCAGGUUGAGACAGAAUGGGUGAGAUUAGUUGACAGUUUGGAACAGUGUGAGUAGAGCAGUAGUAGAGCAUGAGAGGGAAACUCUGAGUCACGCCUAGAGAGACAAAGUCCAUGAAGUGUAAGGGUGAAGCACCAAGGCUAGAAAAUCCUCUUUUUAUACCGACGGCUCCUUUUUUGAGAGUUUCUGUAUGUCAUAGACUGUGAUACACACUGCCCGAAGUGAUGAAGUUGUUCUUUUAUACCAUGGCCUUUAGAUGGCGCCUUGUGUCACUCCAUUCUUUCUUAAAAACUCAAAUUACUACUUAGCUGUCAUUUGUUGUUAGCAAAGGAGUGCCAGAAAUUUACCAGCAGUUUUUUUUUUUUUUCAUUUCCAGAGCAACAUUUAAAACUAUUUUGUGUAAAGGCUGAAUUGGAAAAGGAGGUUGUGCUUCAAUGAUAUGAUUUUCAGUGAAGAGCUAAACCGAAAAUGCAUGUUCUGAAAAAUGUGAAGAGGUAGCACAUCUCAAAUUUCCAAGUCAAGAAGAGAAAAUACUAAUAUUUCACUUGUUUAUUUGGCUCACAGCACAACUUAAGCGUUUCAGGACAGAGCCUUCUUGAGAGUGUUUUCUUUUUCUACUUUGUGAUGGCUGAAAGGAGGUUUUGCUUCGACAAUGGGAUUCUCAGUGAAGUUCAAAACCCAAAAUCCUGUGAGCAUGCUCCGAAAAUGUGAAAAGGUAGCACAUCUCAAAUUUCCAAGUCAGGGAGGACAGAGUACUAACAUUUCACUUGUUUAUUUGGCUCACGGCACAACUUAAGCGUUUCAGGACAGAGCCUUCUUGAGAGUGUUUUCUAUUUCUACUUUGUAAUGGCUGAAAGGAGGUUGUGCUUCGACAAUGGGAUUCUCAGUGAAGUUCAAAACCCAAAAUCCUGUGAGCAUGCUCCGAAAAUGUGAAAAGGUAGCACAUCUCAAAUUUCCAAGUCAAGGAGGACAGAGUACUAACAUUUCACUUGUUUAUUUGGCUCACGGUACAAUGGAAAAACGCUCACACGCUUCAGGACAGAGCCUUCUUGAGAGUGUUUUCUGUUUAGUGUGAUGUUUCUGCCUGCUUUUUCUUUUUCUUUACCAAAUGUGGACAGGGGUCAGAAUCUAUAACUACAUCAGUGAAACUAUCAUAAAGUGGCUGUUGUGUAGUUGUGUGUUCAAAAACUCGUCUCACGUUAAGAUUUGUAACUGUCGACAGAUUUAUCGCUGAGCUGAAAACAUAUUUAUUGUGUUAGCACAGAUCUUAUCUUGCCUGCUUCACUCAAAAACCACUUGUGUUAGUCUUCUGAUCACAGCAGAUUUGAUUUAACUUGAUGCAUAAUGAGGAUUUUUUUAAAUUUAUAAUGUUGACAUAUUAAAAUGUCUGUGGAAACAACGCUUUCAUUACCAAAACUUUUGAAUUACUUUGAGUUCCGAACAAAUAAAAGGAGGGGAUUUACAUCGCAGAAACAGGAAGUCACAGGUUCAGUCUACAUUAUCAUCAAGUGUCCUUUAAGGCAUCCCUGUUCAGACACUCAUUAUAAAACUAAAUGUAUUUAAAGGUCAUUGUUAUUAUGUAAUCAAACACUUUUUUGCCUUGGUGUUGCUGUGUCCCUCAGCAGUUUCCAUCAAUGCUCCACUAAAUGUUGGACUGUAACAUUUUCACCCACAGGACUCAUGUUUCAUACUCAUGUUUCACAUUUAUUGUGUGAUGUGAAUAUAAUUUAAUGUCUGUUUUUGUUUGUGUGUUUGUUUGUUUGUUUUUGUCUUUAAAAGAGUCAAACAAUAGUUGGCACCUGUGUCAUGAAGUCUUCAUGUGAUUUUUUUUUUCAUGUCAGUACACUUCAUUACAGUCAUUAUUUUGUGAAUAAUAACAAACACUUACCAAAUAC